AUGGCGACGCACAAGCGGCUGCGCAACAUGACAGCGGCGAACUCGGCGAAUUCUUCGACGCAGGAUUGUUCCAUUUGUCUCAACUCCAUCGCGUGCAUUCGUUCGCUACUGAACUCGCCACAAUAUCCAAUCUUUGUCUGCCCCAACUGCCGCAUGGCUGCUGACCUGGAGGCUGAUAUUGAGGACCCUGAAGAGGACUGGGAGCAAAUGGACGAGGAUGAGGAACCAGAACAGAAGCAGCAGAAGCAGGAGGUCCCAGACAAGGUGGCAGUUCCGGCUGAGCCCAUCCCAGCCCCAGCCGUUGUUGGGAGCUCGAGGCCCCAACUGCCCGAGAUCGAUCAAGACGACGAUGCUAUGGACUUUACGGUUGCUCUCGACCGGGCGCAAACAAUGGCGGAACCGCUCGAGGUAGCGCCCCGGACAGUCGCCCCUCACACGUCGAUUCCACCUGUUCCAAUCCCGGCCGUUGCAGCCGCUCAGGCUGCAGUAUCGCGCACCGGUCGGGACACCCGCACGCCUUCACCUAUUGGCAAUCACUUGGUGACUGCCCAUGAAGGCCCGAUUACCCCGCGUAACGACGCUGGGCCAUGGGUGUUUGACGGAAGCGCCGGCCGGCGUGCUGCGGAGGCAUCCAAUGGUAUGAGGAGUCUCGACGCGGCUACCGAAAUGGAAGUCGACCGGUAG